CUUCCCUAGGACUUUUAUAGCAACUUGCUGGGCUUUUUUGUGUUAUGUUGUGUCUGCCUUCGCAUCGCCACAUGCCUUGUAAUGACCUUCUGCUGAUAAACAAAAGCUCAUCGUUUUAUUUAACGACAAUUUGAUAUGAAAUCAAGGUAAAAUGUUGGCAAGUAGAAUCGGACGUUACAUCCUUCGUAACUUUGGGGGAAUGCAGUGGAGUGGCCUCAUGCAGGUGUCCAGGAAGUUUGCUUGUUUAGGGCAGCGGACCACUCACUGUUCAACACUGUUUACUAGAGGUUUAUAUGGACAGCUGCACCCAAGACCUGUUGCUGGUUCUGUUCUGGGAGCCCAGUCAUUUCACUGGUCUGCACAUAGACUGAAGAAACGUCCUCUGGAAGAGAGUCCAUCAAGAGAACUCGAUUUGGUUCGUUAUGACAUGAGAGACCUGAAGAAAGCUCCAAAGCCGGCCCUCUAUCUCGGAUUAUCUGGUCUCAUACCUUUUGUAUCCGCUCCUCUACUUAUGGCUGUCACAGAGCUGUAUCUUCCUGAAGUUGCAUUUGCUCAAGUUGCAUACGGAGCAUCCAUUGUUUCUUUUCUAGGUGGGGUACGCUGGGGUUUCGCCUUGCCUGCCGGCAGCCCAGCAAAACCUGACUGGCUCAAUUUAGCCAACAGUGUGGUUCCUUCUCUGAUUGCCUGGACAGCCAUGCUUUUUUGCCAUGACAUCACACAGUCUGCUGUGCUUGUGAUAAUGGGGCUUGGGAUAGCAUUGCAUUAUGACCUGUCCCUCCUGCCCACAUAUCCCAGCUGGUUUAAAGCCAUGAGGACCAUCCUCACAGUUGUAGCCUUUUUCUCUUUGAUAGGCACUAUUGUCAUUAAGCAGUAUUAUCCUGAGAAGAAGAUUUUCAAUGAUAGAUGAACUUUGUGCAUUUGCAUCCUAUUCUACAUGUUUAAAAGUGAUUUUGGCUAUUUUUCAGUUUAAAAUUCUGAUAACAUUUGCUUCCUUUUUCUAGAAUAUAAUUUUUGUUUCCUGUUUUGCAGGUUAUUGGCCAUACAGAUAAAAACUUUUUUUUUCUCACUUUUAAUAAUAAUUCACAUACUGUAUCAGUUAGAUUAUUUGAAGUAAAAUACUGUGAAAUAAAAACAGACCACAGUACUGAAAUGCUGAAAUGUUUAAAAUUAAAAUCUGUAUUGUGUGGAACAAGUAAACUUUCAGUUCUCAAACUGUCUAAUUAUAUCUCUGUUGUCUUGUUAUAUAUAUAUAUAUAUAUAUAUAUAUAUAUAUAUA